AUGAAUGCAGGGAAGUUCCCAACUGCUAUGGAAGCCAAGAAAGAUGUUGGUGGCUCUUUUUAUGUUGUUAGGGGGAUCUUGCAAGAGCUGGUACAUGAAUCCAAAGUGCCACCCGUUGAUAAAAAAGAAGAUCCACGAGAGAAAAUAGCCAUUGAGAAGGAUGAGAUAUCCACUAACACUAGAGAAAUUUCUAAACCAGAUCAGCUGCCACAGCCCUCAAUCUUAGUUGAGAAUGAUGAAUUGAAAGAUGAUGGAAUUGAAUCUCCCAACCCAACGAACAAACCAACAAGCAGGCUGCACCUUGAUUCUGAAACUGACCCGAGUGCACAUGAAGAUGAGCAGCAAUUUUUUAACUCGCCGUCCAAGACUGGGUCAACGGAGUCCAAAAUUGUAUCUGAGAGGGAGUUGCCUGAAGUGCCGAGUGUGGAUGUGGAACAUAAAACCUCUGUGUGGCAAAAUCUGAAGUCUUUUGCAAAUGGAAUUUUCAGUAUAUGGAAGAGAUCUUAA